AUGGAGCAUACUGAGAAAUCAAAAGCUCAUGUUGGAGAAGGACUCUUGCAAAAGAUAAGGCUCUACCUUUCAGAGAAAUCUCUAUCAUCUCCCAGUGACCGAGAGAAGCUGGACCACGACUUUGCCACCUCCACUUCCUUCCAUGGUGUACACAACAUUGUCCACAACCGGAGCAAAAUUCGCAAGGUGGUCUGGUUGGCGGUGGUCCUGGGCUCGGUCUUGCUGCUGGUCUGGCAGAUCUACGGUCGCCUGAUCAACUAUUUCACCUGGCCCACCACAACGUCCGUGGAGGUUCAGUACGUGGAAAAUAUAGAGUUCCCGGCUGUGACGUUUUGCAAUUUAAACAGGUUCCAGACAGAAGCUGCCACCAAAUUUGGCAUUAUUUUUUUCUUAUGGCACAUUGUAUCCAAAGUCCUUCAUCUUCAAGAAAUCAGUACCAAUUCCACUGGCUCUAAAGAGGCUAUUGAUUUUCUCGCAAGUCACCAAAACUUCAGCAUUACGGAGUUCGUCAAGAAAAAAGGUUUUUAUCUCAACAGGAGCACUUUGUUAGAAUGCGACUUCUUUGGAAAGCCAUGUGGCCCAGAGGACUUUGUGCACGUCUUCACUGAAUAUGGAAACUGUUUUACUUUUAAUCAUGGCGACAACCUCCAAGCAAAGGGAAAAGUGGGAGUUUCUGGAAGAGGCUUAAGCUUGCUCUUCAACAUCAAUCAGGAGGAAUUCACGGAUGACCCCACCCUUGGUUUUGUGGAUGCUGGGAUCGUCUUUGCGAUCCAUUCGCCCGUGAAGGUGCCACAGCUGGACGGCUUAGGCUUGUUGUCGCCAGUGGGGACGCACGCGCGGGUGACCAUCCGCCAGGUGAAGACAGUGCAUCAAGAAUACCCUUGGGGAGAAUGCAACCCUCACAUCCAGCUGCAGAAUUUCAGGACAUACAGCACCUGUGGGUGCCUGAAGGAAUGCAAAGCUCGGCACAUAGAGCAGCUGUGUGGAUGCGUCCCCUUCCUGCUUCCUGGAAACGGGGUAGAGUGUGACCUGCAAAAGUUUUACAACUGUGUGUCUCCCGUACUCGACCACAUUGAAGUUAAGGGACUGUGUACAAAGGGAACACAUAAUUCCAGCUGCCCUGUCCCUUGUGAAGAAACGGAGUACCCUGCUACUGUUUCUUACUCAAUGUUUCCAAGUCACCAAGCUUUGAAACAUCUUUCCAGGAAGUUGAAUCGAAGCUGGGACUACAUCAGGGAGAAUCUUGUGAACAUUGAAAUAAACUAUGGUGACUUAAACUAUAAGAUUACCCAACAGCAGAAAGCAGUCAGUGUGUCUGAGCUACUUGCAGAUGUCGGUGGCCAGCUGGGGCUAUUUUGUGGGGCCAGUGUGAUUACGAUCAUAGAAAUUAUCGAGUAUAUAUUCACCAAUGUCUACUGGCUUUGCAUUUUGUUCCUCCUGAAGAUACUGGACAUGACCCAGGGGACUUCUCCACCUCAGAAUUGUCUGGGAAAUAAAAAUGGCAUAGAGGAAUGCUGA